GGGUCUGAUCUUUAGUUGAAUUGAGUUGAACUGGCUGUUGGCUGCACUAGUUCAGAGUUUAUCUUUCUCUUUUCAACGUGGAGAGAAAAAGAUAAACUCUGAACUAGUGGUGCAGCCAGUUCAGCUCAAUUCAGCUAUAAAGAACAAAGCCAUUGCGAGUAUAUUCUCAAGCAUUCUAGCAUUUCUAGUCAUUCCCGGCGCCGAGGCCGAAUGAAGCCUUGUGUACAUACAUACGUCUUCGCGAUUUACACCAUGUUUAACAUGCGGCGAUUUUAUUGCGGACUCUGAUCCGAUUGUGAUAUUCGCGAUAUAAUCUAUCAAUAUUUCUUCUAUCAAUCUCAUUGAUAAUUCGGCGAAAGUUUCCGCUAUUAUUUUCCUCGCUCUUUUCUUCAUAAAUUUGCAAAACAAAAAAUAAAAGAGAAAGUCGAUACAAUGGUGAAAUAUUAUGAAAACAUCACAAUCUUUCAUUUCGAUUGGACUCAAGUCGUUCGAGGAUUCUUUCAAAGGUAUCCAAAUCCACAUAGUUCGCACGUUCUCACCGAGGAUACAAUCUCCAGAGAAAUUAGAAAUGGAAAGCUUUAUUCCAAACGAUUAUUGACAAAAACCAAUAGGGUACCCAAAUGGGGAGAAAGAUUUAUCAGCAAAAAUAUUGUCAAAAUUGUAGAGGAAAGCAUUGUUGAUCCAGAAGCAAAAACUUUGACUACUUACACAAGAAAUUUGGGUUACACCAAAGUUAUGAGCAUUGUUGAAAAAGUAGUUUAUCAGACCUCUGAUGAAAAUCCAGAAUGGACAGUUGCAAAGAGAUCGGCAUGGAUUGACAGUCAAGUCUUUGGUUUCAGCAGGGCAAUUCAAGCAUUUGGAUUAGAUCGAUUUAAGAAAAACUGUACCAAGAUGUCGGAAGGCUUUAAUUAUGUCCUUACAAAUAUGUUUCCUCAUACAGCUCAAUUUCUAAAUCCGAAACUUUCUCAGACGAGUUUUUCUAUGCAAGCUGGCCGUAGCACCAUGGACGACAAUCUCACGACAAAGCCGAGUCUCGCGGAAGAUUUGCAGCACUCUCUACAGGGUAAAGCAGAAAAAAUGAAAGACGCUGCUAAAAAAGCGACAGAUUUGGCAAAACAAAAGGCAAGACCAAUAUAUGCAGCUUGUCAAUCAAACCAGUCAUAAAUCUUUGUGUACUUUGCGAAAUGCAAUCACCGUGUCGGUGAAUGUAAAUAAUAUCGCUUAGCGAUAGAAAUGUUCACCAAUAAUACUAUAUUAUUGUGAUGUAUCUUAAGUGAAACAAUGAUAUAACUUUAACAAUUAAUCCGAGAUUGCAAUAAUUGUAUAUUACUCAAAUAAUACAUGAUUCGAUGACAAUUAAGGUAAAAGAUUAGGAAAUUGGUAUUAAACAACAAAAGUUGAAGUUUAAAGUUUAUAUAAUUUACUGAACUUGAAAACACAAGGUUUUCAGAGUCAUAGCUGUUACAUGCGUAAAAUUUAAGAGAUAUAAAAAAUUUUUAGAUGUGUACAUCUUAUCAUUCCUUUUAACUGCCAAAUUGUUAAUAGUGAGCUAUCAGAUAUAAUAUAUAUAUGUUUGAAUAUGUAUUAAAUUAUAUAAUUCUCUUUUUACACACAAAAGACUAUUUUCUGGUUCGUUAAUAAUUUGCGAACAAUGUAUUUCUUUACGUAAAAUAUUUAGUAAAAAAGCAUUUUGAGAUGUUCAAUCAAUAUAUAUAUAUAUGUAUGUAUGUAUGUUAUGUAUGUAGUGUUUAUUUGUGUGUGUAUGUAUCCCAUAAAUAUCUGUACAAACUUGCAAUUGAUAAUUAUAUAAAGCAGAGCAUUUUGUAUUAAUAGUUAUUAAUAUAUCAAUGGAAGCAAUUAUAAACACAUUCAAAGGAAUAAUUUUAUAUAUUUUUUUUUCUUUUUAAUUAAUAUUAAAUAUUUUAUAAAUUUUUUGUGUGGAUAGAUGUAUGUGCGUUAAUGCGGAGUUAUAGUGUAUUGAUCAAUGCAAGUAAAAGAGUUGAUUUCACUUACAAGUUCAUCUUGUGGAUGUACUCAUUUAUCAUAGUUUCAAGAUAUAUUUUGUUGUGCUAUAUAUAUAUAUUUAAGUGCUUUUUAUCAUAGAAUAUGCUCAUUUAUUGUAAAAAAUCACAUUAUUUUUAAUGUUUAGAUUAUUGUUAACUCAUUUUUACACAUGUACAUUUUUCAACGAGUUAAUACAAUUAAUAAUAAUUGCUAUUGAUCAUUUUGGCAAUCAAAUGAAAUAUUCGAAGUUUUAUGAAUGAUAUUUUCCUGUUCUUAUUAGGUAAAAUGUAUAAAAUAAUUAAAUUAGAUUGUAUUAGAGAGAUUUGAACAGAUUUAAAUGUAUUCAAUGUAAAAAGCAUUAUUUAGUACUUUUUACAAUUUAUUUACAGCGAUAAACAAUGCUAAUAAGAUUACUAUAUAUAGAUAUAUAUGUUCAAAAUAUUAUAAUAUCUAAUAUGUAUGUAUAUCAAUAUAUACACUUUACAUAUUUUGUUUACACAUUCACAACAUUUGAAUAUGCAAUGUAAUAUAUAUGUCGCAAAGUUACCAAAAUAAUAAGCUGACAA